GAUAUAUUAGAUACGAUUUCUGUAAUUAAUCAAUCGAUAGUAUGGCACAUUCCGUGUCAUAUAAAUAACUUGGCAUUACGAAGUGGAAUCACUAAAAGCGAUGUUAUCAUCGCUUAUGAGCCCCAACACCCCAGCACCGUUUGCAAUUCAAAAACCAUUAAACGGGUGAAGGGCAAAAUCUAACCUUACCACAUAUUAACAUAAAAAAACAAUGCGCGUGAUUGAAGUAAACAAGCUGUGAGGGAGGGUCGUGAUUGUUAUCUUUAAUUAACAUUCGGUGGGCUAAAUUUCGCAUAUCUGUUCGGGAUUUUGAAAGAGGCAAUGUUUCGGACACUUGAUGAUGGCAAGAAACUGGAAAAAGGACGGCUCGGAAUUAGGAUUGAUCCUACGUGCAAACAGACGGCAGAGGACUCCUUCGAAGACCAUGGAAAGGUACGAGAAGCUAAGCAAACUGGGCGAAGGAAGUUACGGGUUGGUCUACAAGUGCAGAAAUCGCGACACAGGCGAAAUUGUCGCAAUCAAAAAAUUCGCGGAGAGUGAGGACGACCCGUUGAUCAGGAAAAUCGCGCUCAGGGAAAUCAGAUUGCUGAAGAAUUUGAAGCAUCCAAAUUUAGUAAAUCUACUUGAAGUGUUUAGAAGAAAACGAAGACUACAUUUGGUAUUCGAAUACUGUGAACGGACUGUUUUGAACGAACUGGAAAGAUAUCCAAGAGGUUGUCCUGAAUUGUUGACGCAACAAAUCGUUUGGCAAACUCUUCAGGCGGUUGCAUAUUGCCACCAACGGGGUUGCAUCCACAGAGAUAUAAAACCGGAAAAUAUAUUACUGACAGGGAAUGGUGUAGUGAAACUGUGCGAUUUCGGAUUUGCAAGGAUGUUGAGUCCUGGUGAAAAUUAUACCGAUUACGUGGCAACUAGAUGGUACAGGUCACCUGAGCUUUUGGUUGGAGACACCCAGUAUAGUACACCGGUCGACGUUUGGGCCAUUGGAUGCGUUUUGGCGGAACUCAUCAAAGGCGAAGCUCUGUGGCCUGGAAAAUCAGAUGUAGACCAACUAUACCUUAUCAGGUGUACAGUGGGAGACCUAUUACCUAGACACAUGCAAGCCUUCAAAACAAACGACUUCUUCCGAGGAGUUGUCCUACCAGUACCUCAACAAAUGUACCCAUUAGAAGUGAAACUUCCAAUGUGUACACCAACAACAUUAGAUUUCCUCAGGAGAUGCGUAGACAAAGAUCCAGGAAAACGUUGGACGUGCGAUCAACUUCUCACUCACAAGUAUUUUGAUGGUUUCCACUUCAAAAUAGAUGAGGAUGAAAUACAACACUUUGAGAAAAUAACGCGAGAAAAGUCAAGGAAUUCUAGCAAUAGCAUGACUCUUCCGCAACUCACAAAACCGAUCAGUCCAUUCAAAACGUCUCAGCAACAAUCACAGAAGUCGAACAAAAUUGAGCAUUUACCGACCAUAUGACAAAAAUUUUCCCUAUUCAAAUGACUAGUCUAUAAGCCUUAACAAAUUAUUAUA